CGUGAAGAAAUGCUAUAUGAAUCACAGAAUGCAUAUAAUUAAAUUAUAAUAAAUAAGGUAGGUUUUGGUUCGUCGUUGUUACGUCAUAUCUGUGAGCACGCACGGAACCAAGCUUUUCCGGUAACGGCGGAUUUAAAUGUUUCAAGCACAGCUCUUAGAAAAGGACGCAAAGACGGGUCCUGGUCGUCCGGCUGACUCGAAAAUACCCCAGUUAUGUCCUCGUCUAAGGAAGACGUGUUAUCCCCGGACGAGCUGAGGAAAAGACUUUAUCAGACUUUUAAAAAUAAAGGGGUUCUUGAUACACUGAAGGCACAGCUGAGGAAUCAGCUCAUCCAGGAGUUAAAAUGCCCACCUUUGGCAGGACAAGAACCAGUUUCCAGGCUAGUGCAUGUGAAACCUGAACCCCUAUUAGUUUCAGCCUGUAACAGCAUAGUGGCAGAUCAUCUCUGUAUCUCAGGGUAUGAGUACACACUUUCUGUGUUCUACCCUGAAAGUGGCUUAUCCAGAGACAAGGUUUUUACAAAAGAAGACCUCCUUCAGCUUCUUAAAAUAAGUCCUGACUCAACUCUUUACAAAUCAUUGUCUUCAAAUAAAGAAAAUAAUGACAAAGGGUUCCUGAUCCACCUUCUAACACAUCAUUAUACUCGGAGCCCUUGCCGUGAUGCUGACACUCAGACAACAAACUUAUCAAGUUAUGGGGAGUCUCUUGUUGAGAAGAUGAAAAUGAUUGAUCAGGAAUACAGAGGUUUGAGUUACAAUGAGGUGUUUCCAUUACAGUCACAACUGGCUGCAUAUAGAAAAGACAUUGAAUUGCAGAUGGAAGCAGAAAUGAACUCAAAGAUGCAACAUUUUAAAGAUGUUGAAAUCGCCAAGGUGAGGAUGGAAGAAAAAUCCAAAUUUCAUAAAGAAUUUGAAAAGCUGAAGCAGGAGCUGGAGAGGACUUAUGAAAUGAAGGCAAAGACACUGAUGGACCGAGAGAAAAAUGCUAUUGAUAGGCUGCAAAAACAGCAAGAGAUUGAAGAAAAAAACGUAUACAUGCAGAGACAGUCAGUGCUGAAAGAAAUUGAAACACUGCGUAGCAGAGAAAAUGAGUUGAGGAUGAGAACGGAGGCUUUUGAAAAGACUUGUCAAAUUCACAAGGAGAAGGUCAAAACGACUGAAGAGCUGCUGAGGAGAAGAGAACUGGCUGUGAAAACUAUGGAGGAUACAUAUGACCAAAGGCUGAAGAAUGAACUUUCCAGGUAUCAGCUUGAGUUGAAGGAGGAAUUCAUCAAGAGAACAGAAAAGCUCACAGAAAGUGAGAACAGAAACAAAGUGGAAACUGCUCGUAUCCAAAAGGAGGCAGCGGCAGUUAAUGCCAGAAUGGAAGACCACAGCAGAGCAUGCUCAGAGCUGAAACGGCUGCAGAUUAAGCUAGACACAGCACACCAGCAGAUUAUUCUGCUGACUCAACAGAAGGAGCUGUUGAGGGAAAGAAUGGAGAGCAUGAGUGACUACCCCCACUUGACAAAAGAGAAAGCAGAGCUGCAGGGGCGGCUGCAACUGCUAAAGAAACAGCUGGAGGAAGCCCAAGAGGAGAACUGGCUUCUUCAUGCAGAUUUGGGCAAGCCAUCCAAAGAACAACUGGCCUUGCAGUUGGAGCUUCAGAGGCUGCAGGGUGCUUGCAAAUUGGAUGCGGAAGAAUUUGACAACCAGAAACAGGUGCUGCAGGCACAGCUCCAGAGUGAGAUGGACCGGUGUGCCCAGCUCAAGGCUCAGCUGAUAGAGUGUGAAGAGAAGUCCCAGUGGAUGGCGAACCAUGUUGAGGACAUCAAAAUGCAGCUUCGCCAAACUCAACAAGCUCUUGAAAACGAAGUGCUCCGUAAUCCCAAACCAUCUCUUGUUGAUCGCUCUGUACUGGAGCUUGGUGCUGACAAGCUGUUUCCGCCUGACAUCUAUGUGGACAGAACUCUGCUGAGGGCCAGGGUGGGUUAUGAUGAUGUUUGUGAAGCAGGUGGCAAUCGGGGAGGAAGCAAAUCACCAUGGAAUGACAUACCAGAUUCUGACCUGGAGCUGGUGGCUGAAGCCAAGGCUCGGCUCAAGGAGCUGCAGAAGGAGGCUGACACUUUGGAGGAAGCCUACAGGAACUACCAGCAGAGGGCAGUGCGCUCCACCAUCUCACACAUGCUUCCCCCAAGAUCUCAUUCCCCACAACAACCACAUCCUUCUAGUUCCCCUGACUCUCCUCUUAGAAAACAUGACCCCCUCCAUUCACACAUUCACUUAGCCCACAAACCAAAGAUCUCACACAAACCACUCUCUCCUCAAUCUGUCCAGCCCCUUCCCUAUGGUGCCCGAAAGAUUUUAUCAUCUUCACAACCAAGAGUGACCUUCUCAGAAGAUCUUAACCAGCCUGAGGCUGCAUGUUAUGCCGACCACAGCCUCUAUUCACUGACUGAACCUUUGUUCCUAAAAAAUGGACACGUUCCAGAUGAAAGCUUGGCUCCAUCCAAGCACCCAUCCUCUACAUCACAAUCUUCUUUCAAGAAUAAUCUUCAAAGAGAGAUAACAGAAGAAGCAGUCAUGUCUGUAGUCACAUUCCCCCAGCUGUCAUCUGACAGACAGCUCUCUCCUGCCCUCCGCAAUGAGGUGGUGACCUCAGGUGAUUUGUUCUCCGAGCUCAGUCCACCUCGCAGUCCUCAGCUCAGGAGCACUGCACGAGACCAGUCUAGUCCACCAAAGUUACAGCACGUCUUCUCCAGCUCAGAGUCUUCCCCUCAGCCUGAGAAGAUAAGCCUUGAAGACCUCACUGGGUUAUUAUCAGAGCCCGGCCACAUUCCAAAGCUUCUCCUGGACACUGCUGUCCCUCUCUCCGAGGAGGCCCCUGACAGCCCCUCUGCCCCCCACCCACAAGACCUCCCAAAAGACCCAAUAGACUUGCAGGGCGAAAAGGAAGUCCCACAAAGUUUGGGUGACUCUGAAAAGGAAGAAGAUGAAGAACAAAGGUGGGAAAGAGAGCGAAAAGAAAGAGAAGAAAAAAGACAAAUGGAGCAAGAAGAAGCCAGAGAAAGAGAGCUGCGAGAACUUGAACAACUAGAGAAAGAGAUGCUUUUGCGAGAGGUGGAAGAACCAAAACAGGAAGAAGAAGAAGAAACAGGGGGUGAGAAAGGAGGAGAUGAUGAGUUGAGAAAGGAGAAUGUUAAUGAGGAGGAGCCUAAAGGUGAAAAUCCACUAGAGAAAUACAUGAAGAUGGUCCUGGAAGCAAGAGAGAAGCAACAUGCACAGAGCUCCGGAAGAGAAGAGGCAGAAUAUGCGAGCCCAGAGGCCAAGAGCUUUUCUGAGGAUAAAGAAGACAGCAUUGCAGCAUAUUCACACAAGGAUGAAGAUGAUGAUUUCUGGUGAGCUGACUCAGCGAGGGGCAUCAUAAUCUGAAGUGUAUAAGCCUCUGUAGAUUGUUUCAAGUGUGAACCAUUUCUUGUUCAUAUUUUAAGAAUGCUUUUCAGUUUUGUAUAUUUGUCUUUUUUUUUGUAUUAAAUGCAAAUAAAAGCAUUUUUU